GUAUAAGAUGACAGCUGUUGCAGUCAAAGAAGAGUAUCUACUCCUCAGAAUGCCUUCCCCUGUCUGAUUGUGUACUGUGUUUGAUCGCCGACGAUCAGUGGAAGCAGGAAACGCACGAUGGGGCUGGAUGGGGGGACAAUUAUCUCACGGAGUGAUGUCGUUCGCGGGUCCUCGUGGCGAGUGGCCUCAGCCGAUGGAUCUUGUCGAUCGACGCGUGGAGGACAGAUCGGUGCCAGUUUCGUGGCAUCUAAGGAGGGUGUGCCUGCCACAGAGAAUGCUCACGCACGAUGGGCGACCUGUGCUCUGACUGGCGAAGUCCUUCAGGAACCCGUCGUCUGCUGCAGACUGGGGAAACUGUACACGAGAGAGAACGUGCUAGCGUUUCUGCUUGCGAAGAAAGGGAAGGUCUUUCUGGACGAAGCAGCGAAGUGGCGGUUUCAGAACCAAUCUCAGUUUUCGAAGGACUUCGCGCACUUGCGGACCACUAAGGACGUCUUUGUGCUGCGAACCGAGUCAUCAAGUUCUCAGCCACCGGCAGCGGCCAGUGCUAUUGCCGAUCGUACCCAUGCGGAAGUCCGUACGAGGGAAAAGGAUACGGACGACAACAAAAAGCAGCGCAGAAAAGACGACUGUCACAACUCUACCUGCAGCAGUACGGCUGACGGUUCUGCAGAUUACUGCUCUGCAGAGCGCGGCCGCGAUUGCGGGAAUGCGGCGUCCAGCUCCGAACAGCACAGGAACCGGAUCGAAUGGGUUUGCCCUCUUACGGGUGCAAUAGCGGGCUCACGCCAGCAGGCCUUUUCGGCAAUUCAAGUAUGCGGCCAUUUGUUCAGUGCGAAGGCUCUGAGAGAGGUCGGAAAUGGCCGAUGUCCCACUUGCGAUGCGGCAUACGACAGUGACCAGGUCAUUUUAAUAAAUGGUUCGAGUGAGCACAUGGAGAGUCUUCAGAAGCGAUUGAGAGAGGAGGAGAAAGCGAGGAGGGCUGUCAAACGGUCGAAGACGGAAGUAGUUGGCCACACCCUGGCCUAAUAGAUAGUAAUAGUGAAACUUAGGGCAACACAUACACUCUUGUUGUGUUCUCGAACUCUCAUCCUCGCCACCGUCUUCAAACUGUGGCUAAUUGCUAGCGGUAGUACUGUAAUACUCUGACGGAGUCCGACCACGAUUGCAGUCAGCUAACUGCAGUUAGCUGAAAAGAAACAGACGAGUGUGUGUCCUUCCUUGACUCAGGUAACUGCAGUUAGCUGAAAAGAAACAGACAAGUGUGUGUCCUUCCUUGACUCAGGUAACUGCAGUCAGGUUACUGCAGUCAGGUAACUGCAGUCAGGUAACUGCAGUAAGCUGAAAAGAAACAGACGAGUGUGUGUCCUUCCUUGGCAACUGGUCAAAGACAGG